GGUUCUGGGGGCACCGUCAGUCGCUGGCGGGCGGCGGCAGCUGCGGUUCUGUCGCUCGUCUAUCGCCCUUCUAUCGCCCUUCUAUCGCCGAUCGCGGCUGGCGCAGCGGGCCCGGCGCUAUGGGGGUGACUCACGAAGCGGGGCUCUCCCCUCAGGACCCGUGCGGGGGCAGCCCGGCGGGCUGGAGCCGGAGCGCGCAGGUGCCUCAGGGGAACCAGCGCGGGGCGUGCCCGGCAGCGCCCAGCGGAACAGAGACGGGGCACUGCCGAGCCGCAGGCAGAGCCGAGGCCGAGGCUGACAGCGCGCACAAAGGCAGCGCGGGGCAGACGGCCGACAUGGCGGAGUUCAUGGAUGACCUGAGGCUGGGCUCUCCCGAGCACCGGGACUCUCCCGAGCGCCGCGGCUCCCGGCGGAGCUGCUCGGGCUCCAGCCGCUCCUCCAGCCGCUCCUCGCGCAGCUCCAGCUCCAGCAGCUCCUCGGGCCGCUCCUCGCGCAGCUGGAGCCGCUCCCGGUCCCGCUCCCGCUCCCGGCGGCGCCGCUCCCGCCGCUCCCGGCGCCGCUCCCGCUCCUACUCGCGCAGCCGCUCGCGCUCCCGCGGCUCCCGGCGCUACCGCGGCUCCCGCAGCUCCCGCAGCUCCCGUUACCGGCCCCGGCGCUACCGGCACCGCUACGGCCGGCGCCGCUCCCGCUCCUGGUCCCGCGGCAGGCCCUGCUACCGCCGCUCGUACUCGCGCAGCCGCUCCCGCUCCCGCGGCCGCCGCUACUACGGCUUCGGCAGAACCGUGUACCCCGAGGCCUACCGGGGCUGGAGGAGCCGCUCCCGCUCGCGCUCCCGGAGCCACUCACCGCUGCACCUCAGCGAGAAAGACAAGAGGGAACUCCUGGAAAUUGCAAAAGCCAAUGCAGCCAAAGCUCUGGGAACAGACAACAUUGUCCUGCCAGCCAGCCUGAGGAUCUCUGCCCCUGCCAAGGAGAUCAAAACCGAGAAGCAGGAGCGUGAGGAGGCCGCGGAGUCAGCUGAGCAACCUGGGAGUGCAGCUGAGGACGAGAGCAAGGCUGGCAUGGAGAGAGCAACCAUCCAGAGGAGCAUUUCCUUCAGCCCUAAUAACACAAUGGCCAAGCCUGCCCUGCAGAAGCCAGUGAGCCACCCUGUGGUUAAGGAGCCAGUGGUUUCUCCAGCCAGGGAGGAUGACAGGAAGGGAAGCCCCUAUGGGCAGUGGGUUCCUGUCAAGAAGGAGGAGAAGAAAACAUUCCUGAACUUCUCACCCAAAAGCUCCCUGUUCCGGGCACGCUGAGGGGAGCCCCUGGCACUGCAGCACCCUCAGCACAGAGGGACACUCACGAGGGCUUGAAGACUUGUUAAUACUGAGUAUUUAUUUUGAGGUCUUAAUUUUUGGAAUCUUAGGUUUCUCUUUCAGAUAGAGAGCACACAGAUCCAGAAGCCAAGAUGGGAAUCUUGUGUAUAUUUGUAAAUAUUUUAUAUUGCUUUAUUGGACUAGAACUUGCAGGUGGGUAACUUUUUCUAAACCAUAGUUGAGUAGCUGUUCUUUGCACACCUGGAUUUCCCUUGUGUAACUGUUUACUUCAAGUGAAUAAAGUUUAGUUUUGCACUGGC